GGGCACGGCGGAAGUUAUAAGUGUUUGUAGAAAUCGUUCCGUGUGGGAGCAGCAUAUUUAAGAUGGAGACUGUAAACGCUGGCCAUAUGAUGAGCUUAGCAGCUCUACAGAGACAAGACCCAUACAUAAACAAACUGCUUGACGUUACUGGGCAAGUGGCUCUAUACAACUUCAACUCCAAAGCGAACGAAUGGGAGAAGACCGAAAUCGAGGGCACCUUGUUUGUUUAUGCGAGAUCUGCCUCCCCUCACCAUGGCUUCACCAUCAUGAACCGACUCAGCACAGAGAACCUGGUGGAGCCGAUCAACAAAGACUUGGAGUUCCAGCUGCAGGAUCCUUUCCUGCUCUACAGAAAUGGCAGCUUGGGUAUCUACAGCAUUUGGUUUUAUGAAAAGAGGGAUUGUCAACGCAUUGCUCAGCUGAUGGUCAAGAUUGUGAAACAAGAAGCGGACCUUGCCCAGAGAGAGUCACCCGAGCGGGCAGAUUCAGGGAGAACCAACGGUGUCACAGACGCACGGCCCAUUGACAUCCUGGAACUACUCAGCAAAGCCAAAGAAGAAUACCAGAGAGCUCAAGCAGGUGAAACAGAUGUGUCUACAGAGCCAAAUAUGAAGGCAGCUAUCAGUUCUACAGAGCUUUCCCACAGCACACCACAACCUGAAAAGAGCUCUCGUACAAUAGUGAAGCAGAUAACAGUUGAGGAGCUCUUCGGCUCAUCCCUCCCAAAAGACCCCACUCUACCUCCCAUGCCUGCACAGAACACCACCACCACUUCCAGUGACCCCUCCACUGCCUACAUCCAGAGCCAGUCUUAUCCCACUCCAUCCCCCCAAAACCCACUCCUCCCUCCCCACCUCACAACUCAAAAUUCCAGGUCCAACCAGCUACACCAAGCCCCUGGCCUGCUUCCAGCACCUUAUGCCCUAUAUCCCAGUCCUGUUUUCCAGUCAGGAGUCUCCAGAUCAGACCCCCAGCCUCAGUGCUCAGUUUCCCCCCUCAUGGUACCUCCAACUGGCUCAGAGCCCCGUGCUGCUCCCCUGUGUCCUGCAACACCUCCAACAGCUCCUGCUUCAUAUUUAGGACAUGAAAUACUAGGCGCACUCAAACCAGUAGUGCGUACUGUGAAUUCAGACAUCCACAAACCCAUUCUCGCACCCACGCUGGUCCCCCCCCACAGCUUCCAAGAGCCCAUGGGGAAAGCCCUUCUCCAGCACAGCAAAGAUAUGGAUGUUUUCUCUCAGCCUCCAAACCUGAUCAACCCGAUUUCUGCGGUCCCCAUGAAUCCAGGACUUGCUGUUCGAGGACCAGAGAUGUCUGUGCUUCUCUCCCCCAGCGCCUUCCAACAGUCCAUCAGUAAGACAACAGCAGCAUCAUCAGUGGUUCUUCCUUCCCCCUCUGAGUCCUCUUCCACCUCAGUAGGAGCUGUAGAGCCUCCAGCAGCCCUCUACAGCAAAAAACAGUUACAGGAGACUCUGAUACACCUCAUUAAGAAUGAUUCAGACUUCCUCAGCGCCAUUCACGAUGCUUACCUGCAGACUCUGUCCAAGGACAACAUGAAGCUAUAGUCCUACUUCAACCAUCACCACUACUUUCAGCGCUAUGAUCCUUUUAUUACUUGUGAAAAGAUCACGAGCUGCAGCGAGCAGGUUUUUGACACGCUCUACACCAGAACUAGUCAGUAUUCUAAGGAUUAUUACAGCAUGCACUGCAAUAUUAGUUGUAAUGUUCUUGACUCUGAACUUUUUUUUGAGUCCUUAACUUGAACACCGAUCUUGUCCUGCCAUUAACUUGGAUCAGCUUUUUGUCUGUGUGUGUCAAAGCAGAACUACUUUGGGAGAGAAGGAUGAUAGUUUCACAGUGUGGCCUUGCAUUUUCUUUUUUACUUGAGAAAAGAAUUACAUUUUUGGCCAUGUACUGGUAAGUGUUAACUGUUGCUUGUUUAAUUGUGUCAAUGAAAAGAACACAGUGGAGAUUGGGUGAGCUCGUAUUUCACUUUUGAUGUUUGGACAGACAAAUUUGCAGCUUGAGUCACAGAUACUCUUUGUCACGUGAGAGUAAGGGAAUAUUUUUAACACACUUAAACUGCGACUUCGUAUUAAAACCUUGGUGCUGGGGACCUCAGAACUGUUUUGGGGGUCUUUGCAGACAAACUGUCCACAAUGUGGUGUUAAAGGACUACUCGAUAACACUGAAGCCUGGACAUUUUUGGUAGUACCACACAUGCAUUGAUCAGACCAUAGUUUUUGUGACAUUUUAUUAGUGUCUCUUAAUAAGGAGGAAGUUGAUGAGGUUUUUUUUUCUUCAACCUGUCUAAAGAAGAUUAAGGAUUUCCAUAAUAGUCUUCAAAAGCACUUGCAUCUGAGAGCCCAAACUAAGAAUCAGUUCCUCUUGGCUGCCCUUUUUUUUAAAUUGUGACAUUGCAGACUGACAUGUUCUAUAAGACACAGACAAGCUAACGCUCAAAAAGGUUGUGCCACCUUUCCUUUUCUUGAUUCCUGCUCUAUCGUUCUUUGUUUUUCUUCUCAUCUGUGGCUCUCCUCCACCAACUGAGAUCACAUGACUUGAUGUUGGAAGAGAAUGUGCAAUAGACACUUUUAGGAAGACCAGCAUUUUCUGAUAUAUUAGGAUGGUACGAUAGAGCUAAGUUUAUUGGAACAUCUCGGUUUUUGCAGGAACUCUGUAAUUGGAAUAUCACAAGCAAAAAAAAAUAUUUUAAUUUGGAAUUUUUGUUUGUUCACCAUUAAUAUUAAAUUGCUUAAAACUGGGGGAGAUGAUGUGCUUUAGAAAAGCUUCAGUCAGUUUCAAACUGGUUGUGUUUAUAACAGUAAUCCAAACUACUAUGAAGAAGAUAAACUGCUUCUGUUCUCAAACUAUUUUUCCAAGCCACAGAUGGGUCCCAAGUCACAAAGACUUAAACACGAGAUCACUUGUGGUUAUAUUUGCCUUUUUUGCAGUAAAAUCUACUGCAGCACAGAACUGUAAACCCUGCAAACCACAGUGGGAUCGAGAAGAAGCACAUCUGUCUCUUUGUGUACAAUACUGAGUGUCUACGGGUGUAAGAAAACUGAUCUAAUGUAGAUUGGAAAAUCAGCUGUCAAAGAUAUAGAAGAAAAGAUUUAAUCUGUGGUAUGUUUUUGUAUGAGACUUUCUUUUGCAUGUUUAGGUUUAAUUCACCUUAUCACAAACUCUUCAGCACAUACAGGCCCAUGAAGACAGAUUAAAAAUAAUGUAAAACCGUUCAUUAUAUAAGGUUUUCUAAUAAAUGAAACAGUGAAGUGUGAUGUCAGUAGUUGGCUCGUCACAUGGCAAUUGGCUAAAGAAUCAAGUCAUUCCACUUGCACAUUUUUUGUUGUUUGUAAUUUUGAAGUGCAGAGAAUGAGGCUUGAAAUUUUUCAUUUCCGGGCAAGAAAAAAAAAAACUUAAUCAAAUGUUCUAUUAGAAACAACUGGUAUUAAUGGAACAAGUGUGAUGAGUUGAUGGAUAAUACACACAAUGUAUUUGGUGCCUUUAUUUGAAUGUCGUCGUUUACUCGUACUGUUAGCAACCAUCUUGUUUUACUAUUGUUCUGUGCUUAAGCUGAGCUCCGAUCUACAUGUUUUCAGUACCAACUGUUAGCCCCUCCCCUUUUUUGCAAAAUUUUAGUUUUCAUGCAAUUUACUUUAUUGCCCUGUUUUUUGUUUUAUUUUUAUUUUUUUUAUUUUUUUCCCUGAGGUGAUUUUACCAACACUUCUGGCAUGUGUUGGUUGAAUAAACACACACAGGAAGAAUGACUGAAAUGUAGAGAUCCUGGUGGUCACAUAUUUAAGGUUUUACAGUCAUUUUAUGCUUUAGUAUAAAUUCUUAUUGGCCAGAGAGAUGAUUUUGGAAAAAUCUUUGCAUUUUCAUUAAUUUACAUAAAUUUUCUAAGAUUGUUAU